AUGAAAAUAAUACAGACGCAUCAAGGUAUGUCAUUUAAGUUUUGCAUUCUGUUGUGUGUGUAAAGGAUGAAAGGUUGUCAAAUUAAGGUGUGGGGCCUCUCCACAUGUCUGAGUAUUGCUGUCAAAUUACAAUGAGAUAGCCGCUGAGGCGCAACAAAAACACAAGUGUCAGUCUGCGUGGAUGAAAGGCAGAACCCCAAACCUUAGAAGGCCAUCACUGGGCUCCAGACAGGUGGCAGCGAUCAACCUGACCAUAACAUUGUUUCAUUUUAGGACUCACAGCAUCUCACAUAAAUAUGAGUCGUCCCGUUAAAGGAGUAAAAACUCUCAAACCCAUGACAUUUUGCGUCUUCAAACAUGAAUACCUUCCAGAGGCAGAUCCAGAGCUCCCUCUUUUCGGAUGGGCACUGCUUCGAUAUGUGGCACGACUACAUGGACCUGGCCAAUCUCCUGAAGAAGCUGCGUGUCGGUGGAGAAAUGGACCACAGAGACUCUGAUGAGUUCACAGAAAUGGACCAGAAAGACACAGGAGCCCCGUGGAGCCACAUCCGAACCUCUCAGAUGGACAACAGCAUGAGCCCCACAGGGACCGGCUCAGCCAGCAGCCUGUCGGGAGCGAGCUGCAGCGGGACUUCCUCGGAGUGCUGCCACUUCUGUAGGCAAAACGGGGAGUCUGUGAAAGUUUACCGAUCACACAGACUGAAAUCCAGCGACGGGAGGGUCAGCUGCCCCGUCCUCCGGAGCUACACCUGUCCUGAUUGUGGGGCCACCGGGGACAGGGCGCACACACGCCGCUACUGCCCUCGGCGGAAGGAGGCUGCGAGGAUGCCCAAAGUGUCCAAGUUCUGGUAGCUGGAAAAGAGACUGAGGACGGAACUGUACAUAAUUACAAGAGAAGUUUUUGCGAUGUGUUCAUGUUUACAGAAACUGUUGUGUUGUACGUUCCUAAGUUGUACAUAUUUCAGAUGACAGUUGUGUGUUGGGCGUUGUUUUUGUCUUUUCAUCUGACAGAUUAUUUCUGUGAAGCUCGUACUGACUGUUCUCGGAGGAGAGUUGGUGAUGAGCUUCACAAGCGUUCAAAACAUGUUACAAACCCAAGUGCUAAAAGAUGUUCAUUUUGGGCUUUAUUUUUUUAAAUAAAAAUGAGUAUAAUCAAGAAAGUUGUGUUAUUGGUUUGUUAUGAAAAAAAGAUCGCUUUUAAAGCUCUUGCUGUUAAAUUUUAAUUGAAAAAAAAAAUUAGCAGUAUCAUAAACAGCAUGGUUAUAUGUAAUAUUUAUAUUAAUAUGGUCAUAAUGAUUAAUAUUCCAAUGUAUAUGUGAGAGACAUAAAUAUAACGUCAAUGCUAUGAAGACAAGUGGUGCAGUCCAAACAUAAAGCAAAUAGAAAACUUAAAACUGUGCCUAUAAUAAUGAAAGAUAGAAUACAUUUAGGCUACAACAGUUUUAUUACGCAAAAUUACUGAAGAGUGCAUAGUUAGAAAUGUCCGAUAUUUAAAGCAGCGUGUCAGCAUUUCAUAAGCCCUUAUAUCACGAUCAUAAACCCUAUCAGACCUCCUGGGUCAAAAACUGGUUUGAUGAAGUGAUAAACUGCUGUUACCAAACAUGGAUGAACAAUGACCCCGUUGAGAUAUGAGUUCUAAAUUUCAAUCAAAAGUUGUUAUCAUGAUACGUUUUUUUAAAUCUAUCUAUCUAUCUAUCUAUCUAUCUAUCUAUCUAUCUAUCUAUCUAUCUAUCUAUCUAUCUAUCUAUCUAUCUAUCUAUCUAUCUAUCUAUCUAUCUAUCUAUCUAUCUAUCUAUGGGCAUUGAUGAAGAUGUUGUCUUGAACCUGGAGCAGUGGUAUGUAACUUCAUGUACAGUAACCGCCACCCUGCCAUAAUAAAGUCGAUAACAGUGUGCCAACCUUAAUGAAUGUAAACAAUCAAACAGUUCCGUCAUAAAGCAGAUAAAUAUUGAUUGAUACUUUUUUUCUGUUGUUUGCAGAUUUAUUUGUUUAUAAGAAACAAAGGACAGGUCGGAGGAAGUUGGCAAACCUGGAUGGCAUCGAAACAUGGACAUGAGUAGCCAUAAAUUUACAUUGUUACACAAUCAACCCCUUUUUAAUGCAAUAAAAGUCUCUCCUCCUCCUUAUCCAAUGAAACACAUCAGUCAGUAAGUGAAAAGUUCUUUAUUCAUUAUCAAGUGCUACAAGUUUUCGAAUUUGUCCAACAAAGAAUAAAAAAAACACAUAAAUCUUUUCUAUUCUAGGCUCACUUCUUUUGCCUCUGAGACUUUUUUUUAUCUGUGUCCCUCAGAUAAACAAGCGUUUUCUAUUUUUCUCAUGGAUUUCUCAGGUCUUGGUGCACAGAUAUAACCUGCAAUGUCUUAUUUGUGUUCAUGUGGGAUAAAAUGUGAGAUCAGAUCAUUCCCUUGUUAAUCAGCAAAAACAGAAAAGUGUUCAGCAGAUUCUUGUCGAAACUGGUCCAAAUAGGUUUACUUUUAAUGCAAAUUUAAUGAAUGAAUUUAAUGAAAUUGUGUAAGAUAAGCUAAGGGAACAAAAGCAAAAGCCUACAUAUGAAAGUUUUAUAGUCUUAAAAUACAGAUACUUUAAACAAAGGCCAAACUCUUUCAAGAGCUAUUGUUUUCUUUUGUUUUCUUUAAAAAAUGUUAUUAUUAUUAUUAUUAUUAUUAUUAUUAUUAUUGUUGUUGUUGUUGUUGUUGUUGUUGUUGUUGUUGUUGUUGUUGUUGUUGUUGUAUAAUUGUCAUAUUUAGGGUUUCAGACUGUAUUUACAGAUAGAAUUAACUGAUUGUAACAAUAACAUUUUUAGAGCCCAAGCAUAGAUCAUAUGACCACAGAAAGACCCUCAGGCCCAGGAUUGUUAAAAGAGAAAUUUCCAAAGCCACUGAUUGUCAAAUUAAUUAGAAAGAGUCACCUUAUGGAUCCUCUGUUUCUUUUAUGGCUCACUUCACUGCAGUAGGCCUGUUUACAAGAUAAGAAGUGCAUGUGAAGCUCAGGGUGGUUAUUAAACCUCUUGCACAACUAGCUUUUCCUAGACCCCUGCUCUCCUUGCAAUGAUGUCCGCAGAGACAGGAAUGUCACCUCUCAUUUUAUUGAUUCUUUAUCAAGUGAACAUUUUUUUUAGAUUUCCUGCCAACAUUUUAUUCCCCUUCAGGACACCUGUAAUGCUGUGGUGGCACGUGAACCACCCCUGAAACUUCACAAGGGUUUUGAAACGUGGUACAAGUUUUAUAGCUAUUUCAAAAUGACUUCUUUGAUUUCAGACUGGUCCUCUACUCUACACAAAAGUUGCUAGGUGGGUCAUUAAACAAAGGAACUAAAGAUUUAAAGCAGAAUUCAUUAAACAAUGACAACAACAAAAAGACUUGCUGUUUAACAGUCUAGGAUUUGAACAUCCUCAAAAAAGUCAAUCUGAAUUAAAUCUGACGCAACAAAACUGGCAUUGUAGAGAAAUAACACAGUUUAAAUGCAAAUGGGGGGAAUUACACAUGAGUGAAGCUCACAAGAUACAAAAACAAUAAUGGCAAGGCCUGAACUAUAAAGGCUGGAGUAUCCACAGAGCAGUGGCGAUUGCUCUAAGACUGCAAGGGAAGCUCGGCUUCCCUUAAAAUGUCACCCCCAAAAAAAGAAAAAGUGGUGAAAUACGUACGGCUGUGUGUACAUUUCAUUAACUAAAUACGCACUAGAAAGCCUUCAACUUUUGUUCAGACACUGUGAUAAGAAGCUGAUAAUCACAGGUAACCGGCAUAACUUCGUUCUCAUUCAUCCUCGCAGCGCCUCAGCGCUUCAAACAGUCGGACGCUGGGCUUCUGUUGACUUCAAUGUGGAAGCUUAAAGUGGGUUGUUCCAGCAGCGAAACUAGACGCUCAUUGGAUAAAUGCUGGGCUUUGUCCCGCCCAAUGGAAGCUAAGCUUCACUGGAGUUCUAUGGCGAGAGGGCGGUCCCGACUUUCUCCCGGACUCCAAGCUUCUGCAUUCAUGAUUGGAUGAGCUGUCUGAGGCGAAAUCCUUUUUUGAUUGACAGCUAAACAAGCGAAUCAGCGAUCUUGAAGAAUAAAACAUCUACCAGAGCAUUUUCCAAGUCAUUCAUUCCGUUGUUCUUAACUGCUCCAGAGACUUUACCGAUCCUCAGCGACUUUUGUCUGUGUUAAAAACGACUGCCGUUGUGUUUGGCGACUCUGUUCUGUUACAUACUAAUAAACAAAUACAAUUAUGAUGUAGGCCAGAAAAAUGAGCUUCCCCUCCUUGAAAGACCAGCAGCCGCCACUGCCACAGAGGCAGAAAGUUGAAAAAAGAGAGAAAAAGUAAACAGGGCACAUGGCCAGUGCAGGUAAAGGGUCGACAAGAAGACUGGCCAGGGUGAGUCAGGUCUGGAGAGUGACCAGAGACAGGUCUGGAGGACACAUGAAUCAGGACAGAUGUUGGCCAGACCAUACCUCAGGUAGGAGUUGAUCGGAUGAACAUUGGAGAACCAGGAAAAGGGUCUGUGGAGGGUCAGAACAAGAAACUAAACCUGACAAGACAUGGGCUUGGACCCCAAACUCUGGAACUGACAAAUCAGGGGUGUGACUGUUGUAGCACAGCAGGAACAGAGGGCAGGAAUCGCACAGAAAGAAGCGGGGGAUUGGGGGUAAGGGUCAGCAUGUGCAAACAACUGGAUCAGGAGGACUGAAGUCAGCCAUGGAAGCCAGUAUUAUCACAGGGAUUCAAGAUUAUCUGUGCAUUUGGGUUGACCAAAAGGACCAGAGUUUGGCUGGUGCAGCAGACUACAUCCCAUAGACUGAAGUUGGCCUGGGCAGCAGACUAGAUCACAGGUGUGGAAUUUGCUAAAGCGGGCCCAUAUAGCUGAUUGGAUGCCUGAUCUCCGGGGGUUGUGGCAUUUUGGUAUCUCUGGGGUUCUCAGCAACCAAGAGGCAUGGCAGUCUAAGAUCUGAUUGGCUGACAAAGUCCAACUAAAUUAAAUAAUAACAACUUAAAAAUAAAUAAAUAAAUAACAGGAGAGGCCCAACAGAAGACGCUGAAAAGAAGCAAUGAGAUGAAACACAGAGGAACAGGUGAGGAGCUUGAUUAGAUUCCUGCCACUGACUGAAAACAACUCAGAGAUCACAGUCAAGCCGUACAGCUAAAUGUACCACAGGGACUUGAAUCAACCAAACCAUAAGAAGAUCAAGUGUUCUUUAGACCUAAAUAGACUAAAGUAGUGUGUUCAGAUGCAAAGUACAGCUAGAUCUUCUCUCUUAAAGUAGCUGGAAUCGAGCCAUCUUUGUUACAUAGGGGAUUAAGUCAUGUGAGGUUGCAUUGUUCAAUUAAGAGCUGAUAAGGUAAUUGCUGCACUGAUGCGAUUGGGUGAUAAGAACAUGUUACCAAACAUUUUUGCAAAGUCAAAGUCUGGCUUUUAUAAGUGUUUACAACUGAAGACCUUGGAAACACAACAGACAAGUAUUGAUCUACAGUAUUUUGCUCCCCUCUGACUCAGAAUCCCUCUCGUACUGUGAGGGGCCGAUCAGAGGAGGGUUUGACUUUGAUAGCAUACAAAUAUGAACACGUGCUGAGGGCCAUAAACAUCUCACUGUUAUACAAGCAGGUCUUUUUGGUGCAAUAAAAGCCUCUCCUACACGGCAGCAUAUAGAGUUGCUCUUUCCUCACCCAAGGACACACAGCAAACUGUAAGUGUAAAGCUUUCAUAUGGAGAAAUGGCUAUUUCAAAUGAUCAAACAAUGAAAUUUGUCCAACAAUGAUAGACAAGCCUGUUAAAUGUAUUUUGUUCCUUUUACAAUGUUCACUUUGAUUCACAACUUUUUUUGUGUGUUUUCAAGGUGACUUUUCCACAAUGGCUAAACACCAGAUGAGUCUCUUGGCUGCCAUGGUGGCGGCACUAAUUUGCUUCAUUGUUACUAUGGCAUUCUCUGCUCUGGCAGCAUCAGGAAAACGUUAGUUAAAGAUUGAUGUGCUUCAUUUUGAUGUCUUCAUGAUACCUUUAAGUUCUGAUCUUUGUGUCAUGCACCUCUGUGACUUUUCCAUUUGUGUCCCUCAGCUCCAUUUGUGACAACCACGGGGAACAUCUCAGAUGAGUUUGUGACCGAGAUCACACCCUCAGGAUGGACCUUUGCUAUUUGGGGCAUCAUCUACUUCUUUCUAGCUGCGGUGAUGGUCUACGUUUUCAGCGGCAUCUUUCGGAAGUAAGCCAGUCUUUCUAAUAUAAGUAAAACAGUACUGAUAGGAGAUAGCUAUCUGUACAAACACACUUUUUAUUCUCUUUUUAUAGGAACUCUUAUGGAUAUGUCUACUGCAGCCCCGCAGUUUUGCCAUAUGGUUUCUUCAUAUUUUGGUGCUUGAAUAUGAUCCUGAACCUUUCAUGGUUGUUAGUUUGGGACCGAAGGUGAGAAGGAAUCAUUUUGCCAUUAGAAAAUCAUCAUCAAUUAAAACCAGUAUUUCUUGGAUCAGUUGCAUGGACUCAGAUUGGCUCUGUGUGGACAUGUUAUGAUAAGAAAUGUACUGUUUUUAGAUUCCUGUUACUUGAAAAUCUAUUACAGCUCUACAACUACGAUUGUGAUUAUGGCACAAGGGAAGUUUGUUGUUUAUUGAAGAAAUACAGUAGCUUUAUUUACUUGUGUCACACUAUUUAAUGUUUUGUAACUGCAUCAAUAAAGCUGACCUGACUUCCUUGUAGUAAAACAUGAAUUAGAAUGGCUGUUUGUGACUAAGUUUGUCUCUUUGUCUGCAGGCAUGUCCUCUGCAACAAGUUAACACCACUGUUUUUUGUUUUUCAUUUCUUUCAAAGUUUGAUGGCCGUUGCUCUGGUUUUCAUCAUCUUCAUUGUCUUGACAAACUAUGCCAUGAUCUUCUUCUCGUGCCAUGGCCUCAGCAGCUAUGGAGCCUGGCUCAGCAAAUACCACAAAGUGGACCUGUGGCUCCACCGUGUGCUAGUCAGUUGUUGAUUCUGCUACCUUCUUCUGAUGAUCAUCCUUGUUGUCUUUGUUCAUUUUGGGGGAAAAAAUGCAUUUUUUCUUCAUCCUAUUUCACUUCUUUUAUUUGUACUGUAGGUCCAGAAUGGGAUUGCUAUAUAUGCAACAUGGACCACCAUUGCAACCCUGGUUAACCUGACCAUCGUGCUGGUUGCUGAUGCAAAAAUGUCCAACUCAGAUGCUGCUCUUCUUGCCCUCUCUCUUCUAACUGUGAUACUGGUGGUGUGGUAAGUGCAGAUACAAAUAAAAGAAAUAUGUGAUAUAGUAAAACAUGAGUUUUGUUUCAGAAAAGGGUUACUUCUCUGUGUGUGUUUGUGUUUGAUGUCCGACAGGUUCAUUUUGGAAAACUCGGUGCUGGACAAACAUGUGAGGUACAUUCUCUCCAUUUACCCAUCUGUGAUCUGGGCUCUGACGGGAGUGUUUGACAACAACUACAACACUUCAUCUCCUUCUCGCAACAACAUAUUCAUCGGUGAGGAAAAAUUAGGAAACAAUUACAUGACCAUUACAUUUAGACAGGAGACUUAA